GUGAUGGCGCCACAUUAUCAUCACCCCUCCCCUUACCGAACUGUCAAAUCGAGGAACGUUGUUUGUAUACGAAAUUUUCAGUUUUCAGUCUUAACUACGGUCCGGGGGCUUCGAGCGAGUGAAUAAGAUCAGGAUGAAUCGAACAAUGGAUGAAAAAGAAGAGUUGGUGAAAAAGUCCUUAUUUAGUUUUGUGAGAAAGGAAGUGCCUACUGCCCAAUUAAGUUUAAUAGAUGAUAUUGUCCUGAGUUAUGUAGUGAGUAUGGUAGAAGAAAAUGCUCUUGAGGAUGAUUUGGAUGUUGAUGGAUUGUGUGAAAUGGUCUCAGCUUGUCUUCCUGAGUUUUCAAAGAUUGAAAAGGAAGCAGUAUCCAAGUGGCUAUUGGAUGUCGAAAGUAAAUUACGACAAGAAAGUAAAGAAACUGAAAAUUGUCAGCCUCAUGAUCCUUUAAGUCAUAUUAGUUUGACUGCAUUAUUACCUCCUGGUACCCAAAGUAUGAGAGUUCAUCAUCUCUCAGAAACAAGUGAUGCUGGGAGUGAUUCUAGUGGAGAAUACUCCUCAGAAGAAUCAUUUUGGCAUCAAGUAGCACUUUUGCAAGAAAUGUUUCCAGCAGCAAGUCUGGCAGAGGCCAGACACUGUUUAGCAGUUGCUGGUGGAGAUAUAGCAAAGGCAGCUCAGCUUGCGCUUCAUCGACAGGAAGCAGGGCAGAGCAUUGUCAGUAAUCCUACAUUUUUAACUCCGAACGCUCGCAACAAGGCCAGAGUGAACGACGAGGAACUGAAAUCACGUAUCAUUGCACGAUACAGUUACGUCGAUAGGGAUGAUGAUUCGCGUGAGCAUCGUCCAGUCGCUCCGAAAACAGAACCGAAAAAGUUAGUGCGUUAUCUCGAUAACAAGAUUGUGAGCGUAAAAGGUGAACGCUAUACCGAAGUGAGAAGGGGUGGCGAAGAGGAGGAUGGCAAUGAAGGUGGCAGGAGACGAGGUCAUUCCCGGCCGUAACCAGUCCCUUUGCCUCCACCCCCCGAUCCACCCCCUUGGAGGCAUCUGAUUUAAGAUAAAGCUUUUACUUAGACUCUCUUCUUGCUUAUAGAGGAAUACGGACAGGGUGUUGAAUUCUUACGUACGCAGCAUUAACUUUUUGUUCCUUUUCAGUUAAAUUUGUCUCAUCCAGUCACUAUUAUCAAUUUUAGAGAUAUCUUUUUAUUAUUCUUUUUUAUGCGUGAUAUUAUAUUUAUGUGAUCUAAUGCAAGAGAUUUGUAGCAUUGGAAACCGCAAUCGCGCAGUGUACCGUUUACAAUACGAAAUCAUAGAAAUUUGUUCUGACGACGGUACAGUUUGCGAGUACUACAUCGCAGUAUAAGUACCUGUUUAAUGUAUACUAUUUAAUUUACUAUUGAAUUUUGUUUUAGUUUUCUGUCGAGCGUACAAUGGUCACAAAGAUAAUGUAUCCAUUAUUUGGAUAAUUUGUAAAUGAUAAAAUUGUAAAUGGUCAAAUGAACAAAUCCCGAAGGCAAUUUAUUUUUGUUCAUAUUUUAAAAUUUUAUUUUAUAUUUUAUUUGUAAAUACCUAUAGAAAAUGAAUUUCUAUUUAUUGUCUUUAUAAGAAUAUAACGUUUGCAUUACCAUGUUUUCAUACGGAAUUCAUUUGCAACAUAAAAUGUGACUAAUGUAAACUCGACUUUUAACUUAAAACUUACUUUUCUCGACUUCAUAUAAAUAAUUAUACUUUGCAUUUUUACCCAUGCACUCCUUCGGUGUCAAAAUAACAUGCAUUUUUGUUUUAAUUUAUUAAGCAUAUUGUGUGUCUCAUUACGUUUUUUUUUUUUUUUUUUUUAUUAGUGAGUACUGUACGAUUGUUACAUUACUGUUAUUAUUAAGUCAAUGAACACGUGCUAAUAUCUGUUCAAGUAGUUUAGGAUUGUAUAUUUUAUACUAUUAGAGUAGAAAACUCAGUUGAUUAUUUUCAAACAUUAUCGAAACCAAGUGAAGAUCCCUCUCCCUUUUUCUCUUACCAUGUAUCUAAUGAUGUUGCAUUUAAGGACGUUAAGAUAAUAAGUGAUAUAUCCUUGCGAGAGAAACAAUUUCUUGCAAAUGCGCUAAAAAAAAAACACUAAAUACAACAAAAACUUUAGGAAUUUUUAUGUGCACAUUUACUUGAAAACGUCACGAAAUUCAAAAUGAAUACCAUUCCAAGCAUAACCAGUAAUAACGAACUAUAAUAUAAUUAGAGUUCAUCAAACAAUACAGUGUUGAUUGUAAAGGUAAACAUUGUCUCUGUAAUUGAAGUAAACUGUGCGCAUACUAAAUCUUUUAGUAUACAAAUUAUUAUCGAAUUGUAGGUUUCGGAUAAUGAAUUUUAGUAGAUGUAUUAGGUAGGCAAAAAAUAUAUUAGUGUAGGUGUGUGUAUGUGUGUGUAUACAUAUAUAUUCACAUGCACACACGCAUACAUGUACUAGAUAUCUGAGCGGAAUAAAAUUUGCUUACCGCGCCAUAUAAUUUACCAGUAUUACUAUUGUUAUUGCUAUUAUUGCAAACUUUAAAGUGUAGGCAGAUGUAAUCAUUAAAAUAUGUAUUAGGAUACUAACACGUUGAGUGAUGUACACUCAACAAUUAUGGUGGAGUGCGUGUUUUGACAAUGAAUCAAUAGAAACACCAAAUUGUCAUGACUAAACACUGACUAUCAUUGAUGCAAGAUGUGUAAUUAUAUGAAAAUAUAAAUUUUGUAUUAUCAUAUUUUAUUUAGGCCCAUUGUUGUAUUAUUCGGUCACUGGUAUUGUUGAAUUUCAUUUACAUUCUUUUUUUAUAUUAUUUUAUGAAGGAUACAAUGUACUGUUAAUAUAUUUGUUUAUAGUCUUUCGGUUUAGCAAUUGGAUUUGCUUAAUAAAAGAAACAAAUUUGUGAAUACAUUAUAAUGAUUUUCAGUUGGGCCAAUCCUUGCCAUAGAUGAUUAUAUGAACUAUA